CAUUCUUCUGCGAUCUUUUGUUCCUGAAUGAUCUUCUUCCCUCCUGGUCGAUUGCCUCACUUCGAUCUUCAGGGAUCUAAGGUUAACCGCAGAUCUGGGAUCUUGGCAGUUCGCCCUCAGUAUCGCACUCAGGGUCCCAUCAUUCUGAGCGCGGGGUUCCCUACUCUCAGAUAGUUUAAUAUUGCCUGACGACUCCAGUCUCUUCAGUAUUUGAUCUCUGCGUCAUGCAAGGUCACUCAGUGUGAUUGUGGUUCAUACACUGCGUCAGUGACUUCUCACUUUCUAAAAAGAAGGCACUUCCUACCCCAUUGAAACCACUCCGGCCAAAUACAUAGAGACUGAAGUAAACGUGGGACAAUUUAGGACUCGCCAUGGAGUACCGAAGUGAGCCGAAACCGGACAUUGAAUCACCCCCGCGGGGCAGCAACACGAUGACACCCCAAGACAACGAUACUGGCUCCUCUUUCCUUGAAGAGGAGAGGGAAAAGCAUUUGAUCUGGAAAAUUGAUGUCCAUAUUUUACCAAUCGUUGUGCUUCUCUACCUUUUCAGCUUCCUAGAUAGAGUGAACAUCGGUAACGCUCGCUUGUAUGGCCUGGAAGAAGACUUGGGCCUGGUUGGCAACCAGUACCAAGUCGCUGUGUCUAUCUUAUUCGUAACUUACUGUCUUUUUGAAGUGCCAUCCAAUCUGGUCCUCAAGAAACUUAGACCGUCGCGCUACAUCGCAUCGAUUUCAAUUAUAUGGGGUAUCAUUGCAACCCUAACAGGAAUCACCCAGAAUUAUGGGGGAUUGAUCGCCUGCCGUCUUCUUCUAGGUGUCGUGGAAGCCGGGCUGUUCCCCGGGCUUAUAACAUACCUCACCUUAUUCUACAGCAAGCGCGAACUAGCUCUCCGCACAGGAUAUCUUUUCAGUAGCGCAGCAGCAGCUGGCGCUUUCGGAGGGCUACUAGCGUAUGCGAUUGGGUUUAUGGACGGCAUCAGCGGACUUCGAGGUUGGAGGUGGAUCUUGAUCCUGGAGGGUAUCCCAACGGUACUCAUUGGCGUAGUGACUUGGUUUGUCCUUGCGGAUGAGCCGGACACAGCUUACUACCUAAAUGAAGAGGAGAAGGCACUCGUAGUCCGUCGUCGAAUGCGCUACGUGGGCCAAACGGCAUCUGCGCAAAAGUUCCAUUGGGCCGACGUCAAGGAAGGCGCGCUCGACUGGAGAAUCUGGGCAUUUUCUCUCGCGCAAUUCGGCAUCGAUACCAUGCUCUACGGCUACAGCACUUUCCUUCCCACCAUCAUCAAGGGAAUGGGCUCUUGGACAACACCCGAGGUGCAAGCACUUACCAUUCCCUGCUACGCGCUUGGCGCUUUAGCCUAUCUGAUAGUCGCUUGGGUCAGCGACCGAACCCAACGCCGUGGGCUAUUCAUUUGCAUCUUCGCUAUAAUUUCGGUCGUUGGUUAUGGAAUACUCAUCUCCGAUACAUCUUCGGGGGUGCAUUAUUUUGGCGCGUUGCUCAUCGCCCUGGGCUUGUAUGUGGCCGUAGGAUUGCCACUCGCGUGGCUCCCUACUACGCUUCCUCGCUAUGGAAAGCGUACCUUCGCCACAGGUUUACAGCUCACGUUUGGCAAUAUCAGCGGUGUCAUGUCGCCGUUCUUGUACAAAAACAAUGAAGCUCCUCGGUAUGUUCGGGGAAAUGCCGUGACUUUAGGCCUUGUGGCAUUUGCGGGAAUCAUAUAUGGACUCAUGUGGUACUACUACCGCCAGAAGAACAUUCGCAGGGUCCAAGGUCUCGAGGAUGAGAAAGUGGCUGGGAUGACUAAUGAAGAGAUUGAGGAAUUGGGAGACAAAAGCCCUCGGUUUAUUUAUAGCAUUUGAGUGUAUAGUAUUCAAGAUCUCUGGUGAGUUAAAAUAGACGAGAAACAGAGUUUCCCACUCACCAUUCUACUUUUUGCUGGCCGAUUGUUUUCUCUACUUCAAUUACCUUGUGGACUUUGCCAUGCCUAGCAAAGCGGGGAUUCUUAGGAAAUACUGUCUUUAUUCGCCUGAGAAACAGACCAGAUUAGCAGAAUAAUAAAGCGCCAAUUAAUCUACUAAA